AUGGACGAUCAACACCUCACACCAUUGGCAUCAAAAAAGCUGUCAGAUGAUACCCUCAACACCAGUGAAAAUGACGAGAAAAGCAUCUGUGAUUCCGACAGAGCACCAGAUGGAGGUCUUCGAGCAUGGCUCACUACAGCCGGAGCUGCUUGCACUUUCUUUGCAGCCCUGGGUUUUGCAAACUCAUUCGGUAUUUUCGAAGAAUACUAUCUUUCACACCAACUGAAAGAUCAAUCAGCAGAUAAGGUUGCAUGGAUUGGAUCACUAUCAGCUUUCAUUCAGCUCGCAACAGGCGCCGUUGGGGGGCCAUUGUUUGAUCGGUAUGGGGCCUGGGUUAUCCGACCUGCGGCAAUACUUUAUGUAUUUUCCUUGAUGAUGACAAGCUUAUGCGAGAAAUAUUGGCAGUUCAUGCUUGCACAAGGCGUUCUACUCGGCGUCUCCAUGGGCCUCUUGCAAUUCCCAUCAAUGGCAGCAGUGAUGCAGUAUUUUGACAAAAAUAUUGCAGCAGCUUUGGGUGCAGCGGUCGCUGGCUCAUCCAUUGGUGGUGUGGUUAUUCCCAUCGCUCUAUCGAAGAUGCUGAAUAGUACAUCGCUGGGAUUUGGCUGGUCCGUCCGAAUCAUUGCAUUCGUUGUGACCCCACUGCUAGCAUUUUCAUGCCUAACAGUCAAGGCCCGGUUACCACCCCGAAGAACGACAUUUUACAUUCCUUCUGCUUUUACCAAAGUUGACUUUUGCCUCCUUGUGUCAGCAAUGUUCUUUAUGUUCUUUGGCUUUUUCACUCCUUUGUUCUAUAUUCCGACAUAUGCAGUCUCUCGGGGUAUGGAUGCUACUCUGGCCUCAUAUCUACUUGCGAUUCUCAACGCUGCUUCGACUUUUGGUCGUGUGAUUCCAGGUGUUUUGGCAGACAGAUUCGGUCGAUUAAAUGUUUUGUCGUUGGGUGGGACCAUCACUGGCAUCAUUAUAUUCUGCAUGAACAAAGCAGAGUCCAACCCAGCUUUGAUAGUGUACUCGAUUGCCUUCGGAUUCUGGUCUGGGACAAUUAUUUCUGGUGCGUCCGCUGUACUUUCGAUCUUGGUCCCAAAUCCCAGAGUAUCUGGCACGUAUCUGGGAAUGGCAUUGGGGGUUUCUUCAAUGGCUGUUCUGAUUGGACCCCCAGUUAAUGGUGCACUUGUCAACAAGUACCAUGGAUAUUUUGAGGUUUCAAUGUUGAGCGGCACAGUAUGUGUGCUUGGAGGGCUUCUUGCCCUUGUUAUAAAGACACAAACUCCUCAAGGCCUCAUGGGACGGGUGUGA